CAAGAACAUAUAAUCGCUCAUAGAACCUCGUCCGAAUCCCUUGUAGCUUCCAUUGCUGAGCUGCAAAUCCCUGGAGCCAGCGACCAUCGACGAGUCUUCCCUCUCACUCCACUGUCACCUUCGCAGCCCUUCACGCCCAUUAUCAUGCCGGCUGCUCGCGCUUCGACCGGAUCAAAUUCCGGCAGUAAUCCCUCACGAGACUAUCCGUCAGCGACUGCGCCGACAUCUCGACCCGCUUCAGCGAGGACCUCGACGCCUAAUCAGAGCAAUACCGCCAACUCGAGCUUGAUUCUUAGGCGACAGCUGUUGGACCUUCAAAAGCAUCCAGUGGACGGUUUCAGCGCUGGCUUGGUAGAUGAAUCAAAUAUAUUAGAAUGGCAGAUUGUCAUCAUUGGUCCUGCCGAUACCCUCUACGAAGGAGCUAUACUCAAAGCCCGUCUCAUCUUUCCCGAGGAAUACCCUAUCUUACCUCCGAGAAUGGUCUUUGACACCGAGAUGUGGCAUCCGAAUGUGUACAACAAGGGCGAUAAGAAGGGUGAAGUGUGUGUCUCAAUAUUGCAUCAACCUGGCGAAGACGAAUGGGGAUACGAGGACGCAGGCGAGAGGUGGCUCCCAGUCCACUCGGUUGAAAGUGUCCUCAUCUCUGUCAUCUCUCUCCUCUCUGCCGAUGUCCCGGAUCUCAACUCUCCAGCCAAUGUCGAUGCCGCAAAAGAGGUCCGUGAAGAUUUUCCAGGCUACAAGAAGAAGGUCAAACGUCUGGCGAGAAAAUCAGCGGAGGAGGCGUGUGACUAAGUGGCUUUCAGGUGUCGAUGCCGGUUCACUUCUUGACGGAGACAUUGAAUAGACGGUUAUGGGACAAUACGUACAUCUCAACGUGAGCCAAGCCUGGUAUAAUCAAGAACCAAAAUGUAUCUCUCUUGGUCC